AUGGCGGAUAGAUUGGUGGGACUUGGGGUUCUCCGAACCCCUCCGCCCUUCGUGCCCAAGUUCCUUUCGUCGCCCCCGUUCCCGCCCCUCAGAAGCGGGUCGGGGCCCUCGCCCUCGUCGCCUGUCACAUUUCCCUGCCCCGGAAGAAAACCCAACUCUUCAUGCUCCUUUUGUUCUACCAGGUAUCUUCGGUUCUCCCGUCGCAUGGCCUGCCGCUGCGGAGACUCCUCUCGCGCGGCGCCGUUAUCGAACGAGAACGACGACCAAGCGCAGCCUUCACUUCUGGUGUUCUCAGGUCAGCAGCAUGGCUGGCUUUCGAAUCCCAGAAAGCGAAGUUCGAUUUGUUGUUUCGUAGUUGUGUACCGGUGAUCAUUAGCAACGCCUAAUCUUUUGUGCAUUCGACGCGACUCUAUUCUUUUUCGACGUGACAGCGAGCGUGGCAUUGUACUGUGCCGAUCCUCCUUGAGAUGGAAAUGAAAGAGGCCAGUCCUCAGUUUCUUUCGGAGAUAUCUCGUUUUCCACAUAGCGCUCUGCAUUCUUGCUUCAUCCUAUCCCUCUUUUUAAGCUGCAUUUGCGCGAGAAUGGGAAAUUUAAUGUUCAUUUAAAUGAGAGGACCACCUCAUACCUAGGAAGGGAUCGAAAUGACGUGAACAUAAUGCUGGGUUGAUUUUUAGUUUUAUUUUUUAAAAACUCUGUUAGGGAUAUCUUGGCACAAAAAGGUAUACUAUAAUACGAACUAUCAGACCUGCUUUCUCCAUCGAUACAUUUUAUUACUCUGUUUCUUAUUUAAUGAUCACAUGUUGAGAUCCUAUUGAAACAGUUUUUUUAUUUGAUAUUUUUUCAGCAAAUGCUUGAUGAAAGUAAGCCAUCUCAUAGUGUAAUGACAUACCAUAAUAUUUGAGGAUUUUUUUCUUGAAUACUAAUCCAGGACUUUUCUAUACCUUCAACCCCAAUGUGGGCUUUUGUGCACACCUUCUACUCAACUCCAGUAUUAAUAAAAGUCACUCCUUAGGUAUCCAAGGAUAGCUUAGGUCUUUGUUCUUAGGUUGAAAAAUUGCGUGUAAUUUUUUAAGCUUCCCUCAUUGGUUAAGCAAUUUUCAAUAGAUGGAUGCUACAUGCCAAUGCUUUCAAUUGGCAACGGUUUUUGUGUUGCUUCCAUUGAUUUUCCUAAGCUUGUUAUCCGAAAAUUUCUCAGUAAAUAUUUAUUUUACUGCUGCUAAUAUCGUUUUCUUGGUUGAUUUCAGGGGGCACUGCAUUCAAUGGUGUUGUAGAGGAGUUAAAGAGGGUAACAACUCGUGUAGCACAUGUUCUUCCUGUUUCUGACGAUGGAGGAAGUACUGCCGAGAUAGUUAGUGUGCUUGGUGGGUUAAUGGAUUCUUAUGUUACCAAUAUAAAAAAAUUAUAAUGGAUUUUGAGAUUUUUUUAUUCCUUAACAGAAGGUACAUUUAACAGGUAUUUUACAGGUGGACCCGCUGUUGGUGACAUUCGGUCCAGAUGCCUGAGAUUGUCUGACGAAAGUACUUGCGAAGCUCUUGCUGUCCGUAGGCUUCUUGGGCAUCGGCUACCUCAUGAUGCGGUACUAGCUAAAAGAGAAUGGUAUCAAAAGACUCGAACUUCUUUCUUUGUUCUAUCAAACUUUGGGGUUCUCUUCUUGUAAUACCUUGGAUGCUCUCUAUGAAAUUUCAAUAGGUUUCUAUUCCUUCACACGAGCUAUUCUUGGACACCAAUACUUUAAACGAGGUGUUACUUGGUAUCUUUCAAUGUCAGUGCUGGAUGGUUGUUACUAACGUAUAUGUGGAAGAUGAUCCUGACUGUAGCAAAAGCAUAAAUCGUAGUGUAGUGGCACUUGGUUGCAUAUUUACCCGAAAAAUGUGGUCAUAGUUUGCCAAAAAUGCUUUGCCUGCUUGCCCUUGAUGCUCGUGACAAUCCUUUAGUUGAACAUCUGAAACUGCAUUUUUGAGAAAGGAUUUUUGGUAGGCUAGUAUCUGGAGUCAGUUCGUUUUGGACUACAAUCGGAUUGGAUGGCGAAUCCAGUCAUGCUGAUCUAAGCCAGAAGGAAGGGAGAAAAGAAGUAAUAACCGAGCAGAUGGAGAGGAAGAAAUGGAAAAAGGAGAGAAAAGAAAGAGCAGUGUGGAUUAAAAUGAAGUAAGAAAUUUAGGUAGGAAAAUAGAAAAAGGUAUUAUCUAAAUGUAGCUAAGAUUUGCUAUCAGAUAUGUGGUGGUUGCUGGAUAUGAAUAAGCUAGUUCUUUCUGUUACUUGGCCAAAACAACUUUAAGUUUUAGUUGUCUUUUUAGUCACAGCAUAUAUAAAUCGUUGCAGCAAAAAGUGGAACAGUGGCUUACUCUUUUUUAAUCCUUAUAUACUUGAUUAUUAUCUUCCUGAAGAAAGGGCAUUGAACAUUAAUGAUACAGACAAAUAUGCGAAUGAUGAUUCUGGUGAUUCUUUUAUGCAAAAUUAGCUAUUUUUUUCAAUAUUAAAGUAUCAGCUUCUGAUUCUUUUAAAGAUAAAAAGAUUAUUGUGAUCUAUUUUGGCAGAUGGCUUAGUAUAAAGAGUACACCUUUUACAAUUUUUUAUCAUCCCAAUGAUGCAGUACUAAGAGGAAUUGUAUGCACAUGAAAACUGGGGUGUAUGUUUCAGCCCUUGCCCCUGGUACACGGGGAGGAUUCUUGCCUUCAAUGAGUCCUGAAAGUUCUAACGCACCCAAUCAUGGAAUGUUUUUUCUUCUUGGUUUUGCACGGUUGUAGUGUUUUUUGGUUUGUCCCCGCUGAAGGUUGUCUAAAGAAAGGGAAUAAAUUUAAAGUCAGUUUGCUUAUUGUUGAAGAUUUGUUUCAUGUACAAUUAUAUAUUCAAUCUAGCACCUUUGCCAUCAUAUCAUGGAGCUUCUAUCUUAUGUUUUAGUUUUCAAUGCUUGAGUUGUCCCUGUCACCUGUUAUUUCUGAUUUUUUCUUUGCUAAACCGUUAUUUUAUUCUGAAAUAAGAAUUGCUCUAAUGGUCUGUAAAUGAAAGAUGGGUGGCUGGUCCACAGGUUUAUUUUCGUACUCAUGAAUAUAAAAGUUAUAUCUACAAAGUUCUGAACUUGUGGGCUUGAUAGUAGAUUAGGAGAUAACACGCAACAAUAUCUAUUAUCUGCAAUGAUCACAAGCUCCACAUAUUGUGGUGAAACACCUCAGUUGGCCUUUUAUACUUCUUGGAUCUGUCAAGUAUAAUUGAUGGUUUUUGUGGCGUUUUUCCUUAUCUUGUUACAGUCCUACUAUGGCCCUGCUUUGCAAAUUACUAUCGUAAUUAGUGAAAUUUUCUACUCUGAGCCUUUUGAUGUUAAGAUAGUAGAUUAAGUGAAUGAUACGAUUAUGCUGAGCUGCAAAUUUGGCAGGUAUGAAAUUGUGGAAGGGCUUCACUUCCUUUGGAAAGAUGUAUCACAACCCUACAGGGAAACGAUACGUGCAUUUCUGGUUUAUUUUCAAAAUGAGGUAUUUAAUAGAUUUGGUUAUUGGAUUAAAUCUGUUACAUUUUAAGUGAAAGUAAGAAACUUAUACAAAGCGUUCCUUCAUGGCUUCUAGUAAAUUCUUCUAUAGCUUUUUUGUAAUAAUGAUUGUUCACUGAAUGCUUUCCUUUCUGUUUCAUUCUUUUCCUUGUAAGUAAUCAGUAGCAACUAAUUGUAAGAUAAGGAUGCAAAAGGGAGGUGGUGCAUGGUCUGGCGGGACAAAGGUUUUAUGGCUGACUACCUGAAACUGAGAACUGUGUAAUGAAACAAUUUUAAAGUUAGAUUGUUGGGAUGUCUUUCACGUCACUCCACUGUUGUGUUCCCUCAUACCAUUCUGCUCCAAGUUUAGAUGUUUUUUUCUUCUAAAUUUUAGUUUGAUGCUCAAAUGUGUCUUUUGUUUUUCAAAGGGUUUCUUUUAUAUUUUCCAUCAAUAUAAGCAUCUUUAUAGAUCGAAUGACACCAAACAGCAUUUUAGUUAUUUUACACGUUUUUUUCCUUACCGAUGGCAUCAUAUCUUAUCUGAAGUAAAUUUUUAUUUUAGGUUUAAACAACGACUGUGUACCUGAUAUUCUUUUUUCUAUGUUCUGUGGGUUUCUUAAUGUGGUGCCUAUUCUGUUAGCAUGUUACCUAAAGUUUUUGGGCUUCUGUGGAAUUUAUUCUACAACAACAUUUUUUGCAGAUACUCCGUCACUCAAGUCAAUACUUUUGUUUCAGUAAUGGCAGGUAUUUCUCAUUUUCUUAAAAAUAGAAAUAUGAUUUUAUAGGUCUCCCUUUUCAUUAUAUCAUGACAUAAAAAUGUCUUAAAAAAAUGUGUUUGAAGUCUAGUGUGUGAGACCCAAUGCUUGACAAUAUCUCUCGAAUAUUAUCAGAUAAGGUGGUAUCAUUAGUUCCAUGGAUUAUCGAAAUUUCCAAAUUCUUUUUCGAUCUUUCUAUAGUGGAGCCAUUGUUUUCUCUUUCAUAACUUGUUUCCAGGAAUUCGUGCUCUAUUGUUUCCCUCUACAUCGCUUUCACCAUCCUAAGUCCUCAUUGACUGUCAAUUACUCAGCCUACUGAUAAUAUUAGGGUAUCCAUGCACUUCAAUCUAUUGUAUCUCUUCCUGAGAAAUUCCGUCAUCCGUGGUUGCAGAAAUUGCGCAUGUAGGAGUGUAUCCCUUUGCUGACUUUCUGAAACAUGGCUACUAAUAUCUGUCUUGCUUCGCAACUGGUCAUAUUUUGAAAUGUUUAGGCUUCAAAUCAGAAAGUUUGAUGCGAUAUAAGAUUUUAAAUGGAACCACCUGCCUUUGGCUUUAAAGAAAAAUUCGUCUAUUUGUCUAUUUUUAAAAAUGACGUCAUCAUUUUUCUUAAAUUAUGAAAAAUGCCAUAAAUAUUGAAGUUUAUGGUGGGUAAGAUCUUUCUGCUCUAAAGGUUUUGCAUGCAGAUUAUCUAAUCUUAGAAGCUGUUACGAUCCCCUCCUCACCUCUCAGUCAAUGAAGGUAAAAUGUCAAUGGAUUCAAGAAAAAAUGUAACAGAGAAAAACAAUGUAACAUGUGGGAAUUAGUUCUCGAGAAUUCCCCACUCUCCAGUCUUAUCUCUCUCUUCUUCCAAGAUACCCCCCCCUUAUUCAGAAGGAAAGGGGUAUUUAUACCGUUCAUCCCCACUCCUUCCCAAACGUUCAAUGUGGAACCUUCUAGACUAUUUGCUUAUGAUGAACAUAUGUUUUGAAGGGUACCAUAUCAAAAGCUUGUUGCUUUUUUGAACUUACAAAAAACGAAUUUGAUUUUUAUAUUUUCAACCAAGUUUUUUUAUGUUGUGGACGAUGUAAAUAGAUUAGGCACUAUAGCUACUGAUCUUGACUGGUGGAAGAUUCUCUUACCAUGUAUCUUGUGGGCUGUAGGGAAAAGAAAUACAAGAUGAUUAGAACAACAGUCGGAUUGUUUGCUUUUAACUAGUCUAGAGUAGUAAAAAUGGAUAGUGGCAUUCCAGCUUGGUAGAUACACUUGACCAAGAACAAGAACAACCUGCUUUCUGGGUUUCUCCUUUUUCCCUUAGCAUCUUACUACGUGAGAGUGGGAUUUUCGUUCUAUUGCUUAUCUUGUUUGCUUCGAUUUUUUUUCUGUUUAGUUCUUUUUAUGUUUUUCUUGGUUUAAUAUGAUUGUGGCACGACCUCCUGAGGAAAAAGUCAUGGAGACGUCAUCUAGCCGUUUUAUGUGCUUGUAUGAGCGUAGUUCGACUUUUAUUUCUGUUUCAUGUUUUAUCACUGCCAUCUCCAAAACCUGUUAAGGGAAAUGCUUGCAUGAACGUCACUUCCACCUUUACAUUUAAGCAGCAAGAGGACCUUAAGUCGAAAAAUUAAGCCCUAGUGUUUGGCAACUUGCUUGGAACUUAGUCCAAUAACGCUGAGAUUGAUCAAUUUUUCAAGGUUCCAGUCCUCUGUUUGCAUAGUUGAAGCCUUUUGAAAGGUAAUUGAGGUCUUUUAAAAAGAACUUUUCCUAUUUUUUCAUGCUAUGUCAAAAUAUGAAAAAUAUUCGCAUGUGUUGUCUUAGCUGCCUACAUAUUAGUGGGCCGAUCAAUGUAUAAUGUGUUGUUUCUAUUUGAACGUGAGAUAUCAUUUCUAGAUGUCCUGACCAGUUGUUAUCCAUUUUGCAGCAUUGGGAACUUCUUCUUUGCUGGAGCUCGGAUAUUCUUCCAGUCUUUGGAUGCUGCAGUCUUUUUGUUUUCACGUGUUUCAGAUAUUCCUGCAGAAAGUCUUGUCCUUCCUGUUGUCUCCACCAAUGAUAGGCUUACGUUGGGAUGUGAGUUAUGGGUAUGCUUUUUGCCUUUACCUUGUUUACCAAAAUGGUAAAAAAAUGUCAUGCAUUUAUUAUGAUCUUUGUGUCCUAUAUUAUCAGGAUGGAACUAUAAUACGGGGACAAAACGAAAUAUCGCAUCCAACUAAUGGAUUGUUGGAACCAAUAAAUAAGGUAUCAAACGCAGAGAGGUAGUCCAUGUAACAUGUGUACCUUCCAUAUGCUUUCAUUUUUUAGAAAAUGAAAUUUUUUCGAAUAAGAAUAAUUCAGAACUGCGUUUAUGGGGAAGGUAAGAAAAGGUCAUCAUUGUAUUUUGGUUAUGCCUCUUAUACCUCUGAGCUGCAUAAGUUACCAUUCUGGUUCUGCAUAUGUUAAUUACAAGGCAUGAAUGUCAAGUGGGAAUUUCCAAAGAAAAUGGACAAAUGAUCUCAAGAAUCGGGAUAUAGCUCCAGUAGGCAUACAGUCUAAACCAUUGCAAUAUCUUACUCACAUAGUUCACUAAAGUUUCUCUGCCCACGUUUCACGGAUGCAUUUCCUACUUGGAGUUUGAGGAUAGUUUAGUUGUGAAAUUUAGCUGUGAAAUUACCAUGAGGGGCAAUUCCAUUCUAAUCUAGUGGUCGAGAAUCUAAUAUAAAUAGUGAGAUUUCAGAAGGAAUUUUCGAGAAUUCGUGUCGGUUCCCAGUGAACACCUGUGAUUAGAUUUUUAAUGGUGUGAUGUACUGAAAAGGUCAUCUGGCUGACAAGAUUAACUGAAAAAUAUGUUUUGGUGACACGUCAACCUGAACACCACAUUUGUUACGUGGAGAGGCUGAAGACCUACUCUACUAGCCAGGAUAUGAUGAAAUCAGUUGAUGUCUAAUACGAAGGAGUUAACCAACGAAUGGUUCAUUUCAUUGCCUGCCAAACCUACUGUUUUGCCUCAACCUAUUCGGUUUGUACACAUGUCAACCUAUUCGGUGUGGACACAUAAAUAGUUUGUCGUCCAUUGCUUAUCUAUAGUGGUAUAACUUUGACAUUGAUUUUGUUAAUCGAGUUUUUACCUUAUUUCAGGUUUUUGUAGUUGUAAUAUUUUACUAAUUCAAACAUUUGUUAGUUUGCUGCUAUUUGCUUGUAGUUGAUAUCCCUGCUUGCUGUCUCUUUGCAUUAAUCUUUUCACAUGUAUGUAGUGGAAAGAUACGAAAUUGCAUCCUCUGUGCAUGAAAUUUUAAACACCCUUGUUUGUUAGGUGUUUCAUCCAAGUAUUAUUUCAUGUUUAGGAAUCAUCAACUGCAGCACUGCCAUCAAGAAUAAAGCGAGUCUUCUACAUGUCUAGUGAGGGCAGCAACUUACUGCACGAGGUCAAUGAGAUGCCCCUAUCUGCUCUUUUUUUUAACGUCACCUCUGAGGUUUUAUUGAUGUGUUCGAAACAUAUUCUUCUGUUGUAUAUCAUGCGCCAGUUCUUACGAUUCUUCUUAUUAAGUAAAAUUUUCAUUCCAAAUAUUAUUUUUAGGCAUAAAAUCUAUGCUUGGUGUUCUGGAAGGUAGUCACAAACUAUUUAUGAUGAAUUUCGGAGAAAAAUAUUCCACCUAGCUGAAUCUAUGAUUGAUAUUCUUUUCACUGGUGUCGGAUGGAAGCAUAUUGAAUUGAGAGCGGGCUGAGUACAUCUCAAAAGGAACGUGGGUUUAGGGUCGUGAUCAAGUGCCAAAAACCACUGGCCAAUGAAAUUUCCCGGCUUCCACAAUAAGAAUGGAGGGAUUUAUGAGACUCACAUGUCCUCUUUGUUAAUGAAGACUUGGCAAUCAUGAGCGAUAUUAAGGAACAUGAAGUGAUCGAGGGUCGUCAUGCCUGAUGGUCAUUAAAUGAUUAAAUAUGUCCCAAAAAGUAUCCACAUCAGCCUAUGCAUUGACUUAGUGAACUUGUUGGCGCCUUUUGGGUACUGAGUGUAGUGUUCAUUCCAUCUUCUUAUUGGGUAAUCUUUUGCUUGUCACCCGCAUGUUUGGUUGUUUUUUGUUUGUUCAUGGUUUUAGCUUGGAAAUCGAAUUGUUCUCAUGCCAUUAAAGAGGAUAGGUAAACUUUUGUAUAUUAAGGGGGUAAACAACUUAACUGGUUCAAAGUAAUCAUGUAGGACUGGGAAAAAGUUGUAGAAAGAAUACUGUGCUCGGAGCUUAAUAUAGAUUCAUUGCAGUACCAAGCAACGUAAAUAUUUUCUCCUGUUGGUUUAUUUUAAUGUGCUUGGCUACUACUCUAUCAAAGCUACUAUGAGCUAUUUUCCUUAUUUCUUUCACUUCCAACAAUCUAUCACUGAUAUGGCUUAUAGGUUUUCCCUGUAGCCAACCCUAUUGUCCUGGAGCAAUUGAGUAAAGUCGAUUCUAUUGUGUACGCUAUGGGCUCCCUUUUUACUUCCAUCUGCCCGUCAUUGGUAAAUCUCUCUUUUUGAUUGCUUAAAUAUGACGAAUUGGACUCUUUGAUAUAUUAUUUCAGUUUGUUGGUGUAUUUGUGCGUCCAUACAUAUGCGGCUGUUAUUAUUGAAGUACAAUGCUUUAGAAAGGCGUAGGUGGAGCCUGAUUUCGAAUCCAAUCUUUAUGACAUCAGGAAACCAUGAAUGUGAUGUUUUGGUAUGCACGAUGUAUUCAUUUGGGAUUAGAAUAGUGCGCUGUCCACCAAAAUAACCACGAGUCCCAAAAUACUCUAUUUCAUAUAGAAUGUUGUUUAUUUGCAUUCUGGUGACAUAUGUGGGUGAUCCUAUCUCUGAGAUCGAAAAUUGUAGGUAUGGAGGCUUAGACCGUUUACAGACUUUUUUUGCAAGUAAACAAUUGAAAAAGAGAUUUCUUAAGACAAAUGUUUCCAACAAUUUGCUAGUUUGUUGGAUGCUAAAUGAAAACCUAUUGGGUUUGAUUUUUUUCUACCUUGUUACUUUGGUUCUAGAUUCUUGUAAAAUGAGCUUAAUUAUGAACACAAGAGAUGCUAAUUCCGCGUGAUGCUAGUGCAAACUGGAAAGGAUGACGAGAAGACGACCAUCUGGAUAGUGGUAUGAAUGUACAAUACUCUUAAAAAUAAGGGAGACGAUUGAUGAUAUGUGAUGACGCAUGUCACGCAGUAUGAAAUUCCACGGCUGAGCUUCUCCCAAUGGUUGAACACGAGGUAAAGCAGAUGAUGGGAAAUGUAGAUCUAUUGCAAAAGGGUGUUCAUUGUUCAUUGCUGUGUAAAAAAUAUGGGAAUAGUUGAUGUAUAGUUUGGUGGAUGGUAAACAUGUAAAGUAAAUAUGUGGCUUUCUUUUAUCAUAGUGUACUGUUUGUGCUGUUUUGUUUUCUUCAUUUUCUUUUAUGUUCCAUAUUUAGAUUAGUUUAUUUAAUAAAAUAAUAACAUAAGUGACCUUCGAAAAUAAUAUAUUUGUUGGUCAGCAAUUAUCGUUAGAGGUUAGGGUGCAUCAAUAUAGAGGAAAACUCAGAGAAAUGUUCAAUUUUUCUGAACGUGAAUUUCCGUGAAAGCUAAGUGACAGGGAACAUGUAAGAUGUAGUCAUACUUAAAAAGGUGCAAUUAAGAAACCCUGCACCUAAUAAUGUGUUUAUUUGAAAAAAGUUAACAUAAUGAUCGUACUAAGAUAAGCACCGUAGAUAAAUCUUAAAGCAUUCUUUGUUUUAGUGUGUUCAUAUCCGGGAAGAAGAAAGAUGAUAGGAAGAGUGAGGAGGUGGUAAGGCAUUUAUGAUUGUUGGUGCAGGUCAAGUCGCUAGGUCAUUGUAUUAACAGUCGGCAGCAUCCAUGGGACUGGCUGUUAGCAGCAAAGAAUCAUGAAGGGAUAAAUGCUUUUUCUUAAACUAGAGUGAAAGGAAGAUGAUUUGAGCUUGACGCUAUGGUGUGGAAUCAGUAAAAAUGCAUACUACUCGUGCACAUGCGAGCUUUUGAUUAAAACCGAGUGGAUCUAAAUGGAAAAAAAUUACCGAAUUGGAUUCUUAGAUUUUCAAUUAAACUCAUGAUGUAUUGCUGGAAUGUUAAUCGUUGACCUUAUUUACUACGGAUGUCUAGAUCUCGCGAAAAAAAGUUGAGGAGAAAUAUUGACAUUUGACGCCGGGUAAACAUGGUUUAGUUUCCAUGGCUUCCCAUGGCACUUCAGUUUGGGUAUCCCAUCCUAAAACUGUCCAUUAUCCUUUCAGACUCUUAGGUUUCAAUGUCGAUUCCAAAGGCAGUCAAACAGCUUGUACAUGGUGAUAUGUAUCAAUGACAUCCUUGUUGUGAAUUUCAUAUUUGUUCUGCUAAUCAACUACAUAAUACCGAGUUUUUCUUUUAAGAUUUUGAAUUUUGUUAUAGAGGCUUCAUUUUAAUUGCCACCUGGUUAAUAAGGGCAUCUUAAAUUGAUUUCCGUCAGAUAAUGAACAACUAUUUUGAUUGUUGAUGUGACAUCAAAGUUUACUUGAAAGCUAAUGUUCUGCUCACUUUUAUUUAGUUUAUUAUUAUUGUAAUUAUUUUUUUUACUUAGUUUUCAAAGAUCAAUCUUUCGCUUACAUUUAGUGAUUUCAGGUGUUGCUUGGCAUCGGUGAGAUUAUUUCAUCACGAUCUAUUCCGAAGGUAUUUUUUUUAAUGUUGAAACUUUAAUUAGUUUAAAUUCUGUCCUUUUCAAUUUAGUUUUCUUUUCCAAUAAUUUUGCUUCUUAUUUUGGUGUUUGCUUGACCAUUAUAUUAUAAUAGCUUGAUUGGAACGAUUGAGAAAUAUCCAUGGUGAACGCGCAAAUUGGGUUCGAGCCAAAUUGCUUUCAAAGUGCUCUGAUCUCCUAUCUACUUGCCCUUGUGGAACUCAUUCACAUGACUUAAUUGUCCUUCCUGUUCACGUCCCUUAAAUAUAGCACAUCAUGCCUUACUGAUUUGUAUCAUUGUAGCCCUACUGAUUUCGUUUCUCUUCUCGAACACAGCUCUUACCUCCACAAAAUUGAACGGAAACUAAUAUGUUGAAGUGUCUAAAUAUGAGAGACAAUUGUCUGAAUGGCAUAUCGUAGAUUAGUUACCCAGGACCCAGGUGGCUCAUUUCGACUAAGUAAACUGCAAAUUUUUCGAAUAAAUGCUGCUUGGAAGGACUCGAACUAUGGUCAGCUAAGGUAUCCAGAUUAAGACGGUGAUUGCCCAGAGUUUUAACUUAAUUGUUUUGUGUGGUGCCCAUGCAGAACAUGGCGAAGUUUUAAAAGUUUCAUGGGAGGGAUUUCUGCUGUUGACAGAAAUUUAUGCUAUUUAGUCCUCUUACCUGGUCUCAGCGAAAGAAUACUUUUUUACCUAUAAUUGGCAACUAUCCUGUGGAGCAGAUCCCUUGUUCAUUGAUUCAGUGGCCAAUAUUUCUUGUAGGUCCUGCUAUUAAACGGGUCACAUGACAGGGAAACUUCUGGUAUGUCAGCAUCCGACUUCGUAACUGCCAUUGCGAAUGCACUAGACAGAACCUAUGGGGACCCCCAGAAAAGGUUAAAGAAACUUGUAAGUGUACGAGUACCAUGCUAUUGUUUUCUGUGGAAUACGGAUACUUUCUUUUCUUUACUUUUAUUCGUUGUUUAUUGCUCUCAAUGAUAAGGAGACCCAUAUAGCUCAAUGAAAAUACUCAUCAUUACCUUGCUUAUCUUCCAUUUUUCUUUGAUUCGCGCUUCAGCACUAGAAUAAUUGGUGAUACAUCUGUCACAUUUCAGUGAGUAACUAUAAUUCUGUCCUUUGUUCAUGCACAGCCUGGUGAAUACGUCAACUCAUUGUUGGUGCCAAGAGGUGGUCAAGUGCCCGUAGAUACCGAGUGUUUGGCUGCUCAGGGAAUUUUUCAUGUGGUACUGAUCAAAUUUUCUUUUUUCUGGUACAUUGCAUAAUUACCUUUGUCUUUUCCGUUGACCGAACAUGCAGCCACCUGGAUAGAUAAUUCUAGUGAAUCGGUUCAAACACAACUGCUCAGCAGCUGGUAGAGUAAAAUAUACAUCAGUUUGAUGCAACUUAGUUCUUCAUUAUGGAUCAUGAUGUGGAUGCGUUCUGGUUUGAUGAUCAUGCCUUGUACAUCCUCGACGUUAAGUCUUCUGACAGUCCCGUCCCUCUUUUCUCAUAGAAAGAAGGUUCAAUGCUCGCAGUUGUUUGCCAGACCUCGUGGGUCUUACUGUUCUAGGUUCCAAGACUCAUUGCUUUGGUUCAUUUAACCCACGUGUUUGACAGCGUUAUUUCUCCAUGCAGGUCACUGUCGAAUCUAUCCUGGACCCAAAGUUGGGAGUAAUAUUUGAUCCAAAGAGCCUGGUUGAAGCCCUCGUUAAUCUGAUCAGAGAGCGAAAAUACUCACGAUUGAGGUAG